GGAUAAUUAAAACGCAACUGUGACGCAACUAUUAACUGUCACUCCUGUCGUGCCAAUUGUCGUGCAGUCGUGCUUGCACUGAUUGCAGGUUAUGUUUAAGAUGACAGGAAUUUUUUUAUUUAUUUAUGUUUUAUUAGUUUGAGAACUAAAGUUUCAGGAUGGCCCACUCGUUAUCGACAGAUCUUAACGAGGCAGUUUUGAAAAAAACUACCAAUUUAUCACAUUUAAAAGACAGGGUUGCAGGAUACAACUGGAAUCAAGAAUUAGAUUAUGAUAAAUUACUCAAGAGUUAUCUGCACACUGGAUUUCAAGCCACCAACUUUGGUCUAGCUGUUGAGGAGAUUAACAAGAUGAUACAUUGUCGGCAGCAGCCAAUUCCUGGUGAAAAAUUCAUUGACAAUGAUGACGAAUUCACAGUGGUCAAAAAUAAUUGCACAAUAUUCUUAGGCUACACAUCAAAUCUGAUUUCUAGUGGUUUGAGGGAAACUAUUAAGUUUUUAGUAGAACAUAAGUUGAUAGACUGUAUAGUGACUACAGCUGGUGGCAUAGAAGAGGAUUUCAUUAAAUGUCUGGCUCCUACUUUUCUGGGAGACUUUCAUUUAGAUGGUAAAACUCUCAGAGAUUGUGGUAUCAACCGAAUAGGAAACUUACUAGUCCCCAAUGACAAUUAUUGCAGUUUUGAAAAUUGGAUAAUGCCAAUAUUGGACCAACUAUUGAAAGAACAGAAUGAUGGGGUACUUUGGACUCCUAGUAAGAUCAUUGAAAGACUUGGGAAAGAAAUCAACCAUGAAAGCAGUAUUUAUUAUUGGGCAUCUAAAAAUAAAAUCCCAGUGUUUUGCCCAGCCCUAACAGAUGGUAGUAUUGGAGAUAUGAUGUUCAUGCAUUCUUUCAGAAAUCCAGGAUUGGUUGUAGAUAUUGUUGCAGAUCUGAGGAGGAUCAACUUGAUGGCAAUGAAAUCUGUGAACACUGGAAUGAUAAUAGUUGGUGGUGGAUUGGUGAAACAUCAUAUUUGUAAUGCAAACCUCAUGAGAAAUGGUGCAGAAUAUUCAGUUUAUCUUAAUACCUCAUCUGAAUAUGAUGGCAGUGAUUCUGGAGCAAGACCAGAUGAAGCUAAGUCAUGGGGAAAAAUAAAAAAAGAUGCUUCCCCAGUUAAAAUAUAUGCUGAAGCAACCUUAGUUUUUCCAUUGUUGGUAGCUCAAACAUUUGCCAAAGUGUUAAUUGAUGAUAAACAUGAAUAAUAAAAAAUAGUGUAAAAUGCA